AGUAUCCCGCUGCUUAGAAAUUCGAAGGCAAAAGUCCACCAUGUUCUCCACCUUAAGGGCCUUUGCCCCCACGUUCAAUCGUUCCCCAUCUCUCGCCUUUUCGACCAAAACCCCUAUGGAUUCCGUCGUCAGGGGCCCCGAUGGUCACAGCUCAAGGUGCGCCUCCACCUCUGAACCAAGAGAGACUCGGAUCAGCAGUGGAGGGCCUCCGAUCACGUUGCAGGAAUGGCAGGCCUGGGGCUCCGCGUCUCCUCUUCCCACCAUGGUUACCGAAAUUGUCGAGGAAUUGAAGGUUUUGGAGAAAAAUAUUGAUGCCCAAAUGAGUUUUGGCGGCAGUGGGGGCAAGCUUCAGGGAUAUUUUAAAACUCAGGAGGACAAAAAACACCGAGCUACAUAUCAGGCUUUAGGUAGUUCUGAGCAGAAACUCCAAUUUUUUUCUGCUCGACAAAUAGCUUGCCGUUUGCUUGGGAGCCGGGAUUAUCUUUGUCAGAAGUGUUGGCUGCCUUUUGAGGAUUGUAUGUGUUCAAGAGUCAAGCGCUGUUCUCUAUGGGGUGGAGCACGGUUUUGGCUAUAUAUGCAUCCAAAGGAUUUUCUGCGGCAGAACAACACAGGAAAAUUGUUGUUGCAAGUCUUUGGUGUAGAAGCCACAACUUUAUGCCUCUACGGUAUCUCGGAACAUGAAGAAAUCAUGUGGAAUGCAUUCAAGGCAGCAGGUAAAAGCAAGGUUUGUUGCCUUUACCCCAACAAGAAUGCAACUUCAAAAAGUGUUCAAGAUGCCUUCAGCUCUGAGCUCUCGACUAAGCAAGAAUGCACACAGAAAACGACUGAUGGAGAUGGAAUUCUGAAUUUUAUUUUGAUUGAUGGUACAUGGAGCAACUCUGCUGCAAUGUUCAACCGUCUCAAGGAGCAAGCAAAUUCGGUUUGGGGGGAGGACCUUCCAUGUAUAUCAUUGACCACUGGCUCCUCCGCAAUGCAUAAACUCCGGCCUCAACCAUCAUGGGAUCGCACCUGCACUGCAGCAGCAGCAGCUAGCCUGCUCUUCGAGCUUCAACUCAUUCCAAAGUUCAGUUCCAUUGAAUUCGACAAACAGGGUGAGGCAUUGGAAGACGCUCUGGAAGUAUUGUUAGAAGCUCUCACCGCUCGACGUAUUCGGAUGGGUCGGUCCAUCACUCGGAAAGUAAGACAUGCAAGCAGCUUUUGCUAGUAAAGAAUCUUCUUGAAAACCCCGACUCUGCACUAUUUUGUUUCUGUUCAACUUCGGCAUUAUAGUAUUAGGACUGUAUACCAAAUCAUUAACCUUGUAUUUUUAUAAAUGCAUUAAUUUAGUGAUGUGUGAAGAGAGUGAUGGGAUAUGGCAUAGCAAUAACUAUGGAGAUAGCGAAAAAUAAAGAAGAUGCUGAUGGGUGCGGCGCAGAGCGGAUGCCUUUCAUUUUACUUUUUGAGUUUCAUACUAAUCUUUAAUUCAUUUCUGUUCUGCUUCUGCUUUCGGUGGCUUUA